AUGGCCUCUCUGGCCGGGCAAAGCUUCAGCAUGUUCCCCCAGCAGCAGGAUGAAUACACACACUUCGAACCAUCCCACGUCUCCGUCUACUCCUCCGCGCCCAUGGAUCUGAGCAUCGCCGCCGAUGCCUACGGCUCAUAUGUCCAGCGUGCGACCAGCCAAGAGCUCUAUACCAGCCCCAGCACCAUCAGCUACGAGCCCUCGUUAUACACUGCCGAUGCCAGCUACAUGAUGAACGGCCCUACCUCUCCUGGAAUGUACGGCGACGAUUAUCUGCCCUCGUCCGGCCUGUCCACUGCCUCGGCGCCUUCUGCGCCUUCGUCCGCCGUCGGAUCUCCCUUGUCAAACCACGGCCAGAUUGGCAUGGACUGGACUGUGCAGGGCCUCGGUAUCCAGCCGGGCAUCGCCAACGGCGACUUUGUCGAGUUCUCAGCCUUUGGCCCCAACGGAUUGGACGACAUGACGGCCUUUGAGUUUGCCAGCCUUGCGCACCCCAAGAGCUUUGUUGGUAAGUUGUUUUUCCUUGUACUGCCUAUUUUUCCCAUCAUCACCUGCUUCACACCCAUCGCCUGCUGCCUUCUGCCUUCUGCCUUUUUCCUUCUGCCUUCUGCCUCUGCAAUCACCAUCUCUGCGCUUCCCUCUCACUCAAUUUCCCCCCCCAAAACCCAAUGGGAAAAAAUGUCCAAGGUGGCAGCCUGCCCGGGGGCAUUUCCUCUUUGGGCCGCCAAUAGUCCCCCCCCUUGUGCCAUGGCCACCCCCGCCAGAUUGCCCCUCAAGGCCCUCUCUGGCUUCUGA